AUGACAGAGGAAGAUUUCUACCUGAGAUACUAUGUUGGUCACGAAGGCAAAUUCGGCCACGAAUUUUUGGAAUUUGAGGUGGAUUCUAACGGAAGAUUAAGAUAUGCAAAUAAUUCCAAUUAUAAAAGGGACACCAUGAUCAAAAAGGAAGUUUAUUUGUUGAGAGAAGUUGUGGAGGAAAUGAAGCGCAUAAUAGUGGAGUCAGAUAUAGUAAACGAGGAUGAUAACGAGUGGCCUCACCCUGACCGAAUUGGGAAGCAGGAGCUUGAGAUUAAGCUUAACGGGAAGUAUUACACCUUUACGACUUCUAAAAUUGGGUCCUUGCAGGAAAUUCAGUCCUCAAAAGACCCUCACGGACUUCGUAUCUUCUAUUACCUAAUUCAAGACCUCAAGUGCUUUGUAUUUUCAAUGAUUUCUCUACACUUUAGGGUAUCUUACAAUACAGUUCAUAUAUUCUAA